AUACUGUAUUACUGACCCAGCUCAAAUAUUUCUUCCCCACUUCAUCUUCCUCGCAGCUCUCACAAUGGCAUUCUCAGUCUUUCCAAAGCAGAAAUGCUUUAUCCUCAGUCUAAUUUCCAUUGCCAUAUUUUGCUGCUCCUCAGGAUAUGCACAGGACAACCCUGGGCAAGAGGUAGCAAAUGCCCUAAUGUGUUUCAACAAUAAGCUUAUCUAUAUUGGAUGUAAUGAGGCAUAUAGAUUGAACCCGAGUGGGAACAUUGAUGUACCUCCUGUGGCUGCUGACUUAUUCUGUAAUGGACCUUGCCUAGCCGAAACACAAGAAGUUCUCAAUUGCAUUGAUGAACUUUUUUCAAACUUCAUGUUCCACAAUAAGGCGACCAUACCAUCAGUGAGAUAUGCACUAAACGCUGGCUGCAGCCACACCAGCCAAAGAGGGAAUUUCAAUGUGGGACAGUAUAUUGAAGGAGUAACAAGCAAUGCACACCGAUUGCCAAACUUGAUCAGCUUCCACACUUUCAUGCUGAUUAUUGUUUGCUGUUUUUCCAUCUUAUAUGACAGCUUGAAGUAUCAUUGGAGAAAAUGA